AUGCCCGAAGUUCGUUACGUGACGUGUGACGUAACAUCUGGUCGCGAGCGGUCAAGCGACAUUCUCGGUGUGAAAGUGCAGUUGGUGCUGCUAUGGUUGGCAGUGGUGGCAGCGGUGGCAGCUGAUGAUGCACCAGAAGUCUCUAAGGAGGAACAACACGAUUUAGUCGCUGAGGCGUCACAGACAGCGCCGCAAGCGCAGAACCGCGACGGCCUAUCGAACUCCUACGGCGAGCCCCUACCUCCGGACGCCUAUGGACCUCCGAGGGACAUCAACGACUCGCCUUUACCAGCGCCCGUUUAUGGUGUUCCUGAAACCAUAUUUCUGGACACACCGCCCGGUGCGUACGGCCCACCGGCUCCAGUGGUGUUUCCGAACCAGAACUAUGAAGGACCACCACCCCCCGUAAAGCCGAAGCCCAUUUAUGGUCCACCAAAGUUCCAUCCACCUAAACCUUCAUACGGACUACCAAAACUGAGCUAUGGACCACCUAAAAAGAUAUACGGACCACCUAAGCAGAGUCUGCCCAAACCCAAUUAUGGACUUCCAUUUAAAGCGCCAAAAAUAUCUUACCCUAAGCCAGUGUACGGACCUCCGAAACCAGUGUACGGUCCUCCGAAACCUAUCUACGGGCCACCUAAAAUAAGCUACGGAACUCCGCUAGACGUCCAAAACAUUCAAUUCCCCCUAACUCUUUCCCAAAAUUUUGGCACCAUUGGCAUCGGUCCUGACGUUGGAUCCACAUUUAGUACCGUUGAAACUAGCAUCGGCACUAACUUCGGCUCCAGCUUCGACCUUCCAGCACCGAUAUAUGGAACCCCAUUCCCCAACCUUCCUGUCAACUUAAAACCAAACUUCCCAAUUCCCUCGGAUUCCUAUGGACCUCCAGGGUUACCGCUAGGGCCGAAUGACCAGGUGGUUGUACAGGAUAUCGGCAGUAUAGGUCAUUAUGGUCCGCCACAACCGGAUCCAAACCCUCGCCCACCACAUCCGGGUAUACCGGCACCUCCGACACCACCUCACGUAUUGUACGAUGGUUGGAGACCAAUUCCAGGGGUAUCUAAGCCACUCGAGAGCUUUGACCAGAUCCAAGGUCACUUAGGGCACCAGUCGCAAGCUCAUUUAGAGUUAGACCAAUACGGUCCACCUCCACCGCCGCCUCCAGUUAUCCAAUCCUUGGAACAGUCUCUACCAAAUUUGGAACACCAAUUCUCCGGAGCGCAAAUCUCAAGUGGGUACUCGACAGUACACCAAGAUGCGUUAUCCGACAUCGACUUGAACGCUCUAGUUGGCGGCGAUUCAAAUCAUAUAGACCAAUCUAAGACCGUUUUCGAAGCGCACUAUACUGAGAAACAUCCGCAAGACUUGCAGUUCCAUCAGAAUAAGCCGGCUAAUGUCUAUGGAUUGCCAGAACCGAUAUCGUUUGUGACUCCGAGACAGCAAGGCGCUAAAGGUCUAAUCCCACCGUCUGGCAUCUACGGCGUACCACCGGGUAACCAAUACGGCGUCCCACCGCGGCCGGCGAACCUACCCAUCCCAUACGGUGCCGUAUCAGGCGGUGGCCACUCCCACGGUGUCAAUGUCCCGCGCCAUCCGAUCAAAUUCCGCGAAUCCGUGCCGGAAGGUCUAAUCCAACAGAUCGGACAGAUAUCUCAGCACAAAGACCACCACAGCAUAGAUCAUUUGAAAUCCGGGCCCGCGUACCUUCCGCCGCCAAUAAGAGAAGUUAAGGACAUUAAUCAUCAGACGGGGAACCUUGGCAUUAACAAUUUAGCGCUAGCUAUCGAACCCACUAACCUUUACAGCUUACCUCACGCCGGUAGUCCACUCACCUUCCAGGCUCCAGGGAAUCUGUAUGGAUCCCCCGUCGACUCUUAUUCUGUUCCACUGAACACCGUCGCAGAUCAUACAGCAUCUGGUUCCAGUGCGAAUGCUGUUACGGCGAGCCUAGACGGCACGAUACUAGCCAAUCUGAGUAAUCUGGAAGCGGCCGCGAUCUUAAAGCACUGUCCGUAUCACGAGGCUAUUUUGAAGGCUGCUCAAUCUGGCGAAAAGAUACCAGCAGAUUUGGCGUCAAAAUACGUCGCUAGCUUAAGUUCUUUGGGUUCCACGCUUUUAAAGAAUAAGCAGGCAUCACAGAGCUUUAAGACUCCAGAAACUUUCACCAAAGAAUUUUCGUCGGCAUCUCAGACAGUGCAAACCGUAUACCCUAGCAACCAAAUAGGAAGCGAAAAGACCAUUCGUUCUACUAUACAAAACGGAAAGUCAUUGAAGGACGAGUUCAAGCAAAACUCGUUGCAGCACGUUUCGGAUCAGAUAUACCGAACCUCAGAGAAGAUCAAAAACUUAAGCGAACAGACGAGGAAACUGCAACAGAAAAUAGCGUCGACUAGUCAGAACAUAUCGCCGACCGAAAACAAAUCCUUCGCUGUACAGAUCCAGUCCUCGGACGGGAAGAAACCGACAAUACCGCACGAGCAGCUACUGUCCGAGGGCUUAUUGCAGAGCAUUUUGCAAGCGAUCGAGCAGCCGCAGCGAAAAGAUUUCCAGAACUAUCAACCGGUGAACCACGGCGGGUUGGUCCUGCCCGAUGGCUACGAACCGGUAGACAGAACGAAAAACAAAGACUUAGAAGUGCAGAGCUCUAACGAGGUCGCAGUCAAAGUGCCAAUAAAGAAAGACUGCGAUCUGAAGGCUGAUACUUCUAUCCGCCAUGAGGUUAUAGUAGCGCCCCCCGGGGUUUCGUCCGCUAAAGUCGAAGAUGUAGACAACGACGUAGCUAUAUAUUUUGACAAGGCCGACACUGUGACAGAAAUAUCUGUAGCGACGAGUAUAAGUGAAGAUAGAGAGUCCAAGUCGUGA